UCAUUACACCUCCCACACCCUCACAUCACUCUCUGUAUUUGGUUUCUGCUCCCUGUGCAAAUACACUUCCCGCCUUGGGUCAGUUUCAGGUGGAACGUCUCUCUGACAACAGGAAGGAUUUUAGCUCAAACGUUCUCAGCAAGUGGUUUUAGAGCAGGAAGUUAGUUUUUACUCAGACAACAUGUGUACUGGAAAAUGCUCCCGCUGCAUUGCAGUGACUCUGUAUCCAUUAGCACUCAUUUCCAUCAUCUGUAAUAUUGUGCUGUUCUUUCCUGGCGGAGACAUCAAGUAUGCCAAAGACGGGCACAUUACCGAGGAAGUGAAGUACAUGGGGGGACUCGUUGGAGGCGGUUUAAUGGUGUUGCUCCCAGCAUUUUACAUCCACUUCACUGGAAAAGAGGGGUGCUGUGGGAAUCGCUGUGGGAUGUUCUUAUCCAUUGCAUUCGCAGCAGUGGGUGUGGCCGGGGCGCUGUACAGUUUCAUUGUGGCAGUGCUCGGUUUGCAAAAUGGACCCCUCUGCAAAGUUGUUCUGAUUUGGAUGACACCAUUUAAAGACAGUGAUCACAGUUACCUGACCGACAACACGUGGUGGGGAACGUGCACAGAGCCUAAGGACAUUGUGCAGUUCAACAUCGGACUGUUUGCAACUCUGCUGGCCACAAGCGGUCUGCAGCUGGUUCUAUGUGCCAUUCAGAUGAUCAACGGGCUCUUUGGCUGCCUGUGUGGAACCUGCAACAACAAAGGGCCACUGUGAGUUCCUGACAGUUGACCGGCGCUCCCUGCUGGAAGAAUCAGAGAAGUGUUCCUGCUGCAUUUGCAUAAAAUACUGUACUUUGAAACUGUAGAUUUUUAUACCUUAUGUUUGUAUUUCAUCACGCUUAAUGCUGAAUUCUAAUAAAACUAGCAUAUCUGAAAUUCUUGCAAUGUAUUAAGGUAUGUUGUGAAAAUGGCAUUAGAAAAAAAUAAUUCAUGCCAAUUAUAAUGGUUUAUUGGAAAUAAAAUUGAUUUUAAAUAUAA